GGACCCGGACUAUGACUGAUCUCGGGCUUUUGGCGUGCCCCCACAGAGCCCCGGCCGUGGAUUUAAGGUAGUUUGGCCAGGACCAGGCUCUGCUAUGUUGGCCAAGGUGGUGCUUUCCCUUUUUCUGUGGCUGCGGUUUGCUGCGGGACAGGACGCACCUGAGGCAGGUGCCCAGCCAUCCAUCUCCAACGCAGAGGGGGACCUCCUCUUCCUGCUGGACAGCUCUGCCAGCGUCUCCCACUAUGAGUUCUCCAAAGUCAAGGAAUUCAUGUGGGACCUUUUGCACCCUUUCACCUUUGGCCCUAGGGACAUCCAGACCAGCAUCAUCCACAUCAGCACCACGCCCACCAUGGAGUUCCCGUUUGACCGGCACCUGACCAGUGGCACCGUGAGAAAAGCCAUCAGGGACACGCGGCAGCUCAUGGGUGACACCAACACGGGCAAAGCGCUGUCCUACGCCAAGGAAAAGCUCUUUAGUGGCGAGGCUGGGGCCCGGCCAGACGUGCCCAAGGUGCUGGUGUGGGUGACAGAUGGCUUCUCCACGGACGACAUCUCCGAGCCCAUGCAGCUGCUGAAGGACAUGGGCGUGACCGUGUUCAUUGUCAGCACCGGCCGCGGCAACUUCCUGGAGCUCUCGGCCGCCGCCAGCCAGCCCUCGGACAAACACCUGCACUUUGUGGACGUGGAUGACCUGCCCAUCAUCACCAAGGAGCUCAGGGAUGGCAUCCUGGAUGCCAUCCAAGCCAACCGGCUCCACGCCACAGACGUCACCUCCAGCAGCUUCCGCCUGGUGUGGCCCAAGCUCCUGUCCCAGGAAACCGGCUACUACAGCCUGGAGUAUGGCCCCAGAGCUGAUCCAGCACGGAGGAGCACGCAGCAGGUGUCUGGGGCUCACAGCAGCCUCGUGCUCAGCGACCUCGCACCAGAAACCACCUACGAGGUGGCUCUGAUCCCUGAAUCCAACGUGCACUACUUCCCCCCCCAGACCACCAGGGUCACGACACUGGCAGAGGAAAUCAGCCCAGUUCAGGUUCUCAUCUCGGAGUCUGGGCCUCGCAGCUUCCACGUCAGCUGGGCUCCUGUGCUGGACAGCGUGGCCAGCUACCAGGUCCUGUAUGGGCCACUCCCAGGGAACUCAGUCAAGGUGCUGCAGGUGGAUGGGAGGCACAACAGCACCGUGGUGGAGCACCUGGCACCCAACACCACCUACCUGGUGACAGUGACUGCAAUCUAUAGAUCUGGCAAGGAGAAAUCCCUGUCAGCCAAGGCCUGCACCCAGGAAGAGGGCUCCAGGGUGAGGCACCUCCGCUUCGAGGACGUGGGUCCCAACAGCCUGCGAGCCUCCUGGGACUCUGCCCAGGGCGCCGUGCUGGGUUACCGGGUGCGCUGCCGGCGGCAGAGCGGCCGCUCCUCCGUGCUCAGCGUGUCCCCGCAGGUGCACAGCGUGCUGCUCAACGACCUGCCCUCGGGCACCAGGGGCAAGGUGUGUGUGCAGCCUGUGUACAGCAACCAGCCUGGCAAGAGGCUCUGCCGCAGCGUGCACAGGCAGCCAGCUACAGAGGCCCAAGGAUACAGGCACAGAGAGCGUGACAGACCGCAGUGAGCUGACUCCCAGCAGAGCAAAGGUCUUGAAUGGACAAGGAUUUGGACAAAAAGGAGGAGCCAGGGGAGGAACAACCUCAUCUCCCAGCCUGUGCUGUCCAUUGAGGUGUCCUGCUUGUCCAGCCUGUCCCCAGCCAAGCUCUGCCAGGGUUUAAAAGGCUUGGCCUGGCUGGAUGGAACAACCAAAGUGACUAAAAGAUGCCAAAUCUGUCCCCAUUUCAUGCAAACACAAGUAACAAACAGAAGGCCAAGUGGUGGAUCCUCACUGUUGCUUGCUUGCUGCCUGUUCUCUAUCUAUUCAAGGUCAAUCCUGAUUUAUUUCUUUUUUUGCAGCUUAUGAGCACAUUCAGGACUUGGUUGUUCAUCUCAGAGAAAGAUUCCACGUGGCCAAAUCCAUUCCUGCUGCCAACAGCCAGGGAACCUGGAGGGUGAGAGAGCAGGAACCCCAAAAUCCUGGGAAUGUGCUUCCCCAGCAGGACCCUCCAGGGCUCUCAGCUGAGCUCCAGGUGGAGCUGAGAGUCCAGAAAAGCCAGACAGGACCAUCUAAAGCACUUAUUUUUGUUUCUGUGGUCCUGCCUGGAUCAUUGCUCUGGCAUUCCUGCAACCCCUUUUCACAAAUGGGAGCGCUGCUGUCCUCGUGGAGAUUAAUUAACCUGUUCUGUGGCUAAUUACAGGCAAUAAGUCUCCAGCACUAUCAUUCCUCUGCACUCUGAACACACACAGCACAUCUCUGGUGUCUUGUCUUGGGCUUCCACCCAGUGCUAAGCUUGAGCUACACUUAAAAAUCAGGGGUUUUAAGGGAGAAGAGUAAAUCUGAUUAUUUCCCUUUGCCCCUAAGCUUGAACUCACUGUCUCUAAGCCACUCUGGAAAGGGGAGCUGGGGAAAAAAAACCAAACAAACAAAUUAAUUAUAAAUACCUAGUGACCAAGCAAAUGGUUUCAAAGUUCAGGGCUUAGGGCUGUAAAGAAAUGUAGAUAUUUCUCUGCUAAACCCCAGCACCAGUGGGAACACCCUCCCUCAGUAACUCUUGCUCUGUUUUAAAUUUAUUGCUUGUUUGUCCUACAUGUGGAACUCGGUUUUGAAGCAGUGCUGUUUGUUGGAGGGCCCCAUGCAGCCUCACAAACCCUUCUUAAAACAGCUCCUUUUGGGGUCGAGAGGAACUUUUAUCCCCAACUUUGUCCCCUGAGAGCUGAACCCUUCAUCUCCACCUUUCUGGAGCAUUUUUUUCCUUGGGCUGCCUUGUUCAGGAGAGAGAAGGGAGGUGAGUCACUCAUUAACUCCAUAAAGAGAUUUUCACAUGAUUUGUGUCCUCCUUUGGAACGUGCAUUUGUGACUGAUUAAUCUCAGUCACAAAUGAGAUUUGUGCUGAAGGGAUCACAAAGCCCCUGGAACUGCUCAUGCAAUAAGAUGGUUUUGUUUCUUCUUGCUGUAGGACAGAAAUUAAGUUUGCACAACUCCCUGCAUAGUUUAUUAAUGCAUUAAUUUUCAUCCCCCCCCAGUUGUAACACACCCUUUUGAAGACAAUUAAAUAUAAAUACAAGA